CAUAUGGAAAGUUGAUCAUGUGAGUGGUGGUUAGAGUCUUUGAACUAUUAUUAUUUUGACUCAUAGCGUCGAUAUCAUGAAUCAGUGAAGAGGCUAGACAUACGGCCACAUACGAAACAACGCCAUAUAUCUGACGUAUAUUCUGCUACAGUAAAACUACUCUUCCACAAUGUCUGGAGGAAGGUAUGGGGCUGUUUCUGGUUACCGGGAUGAUCCUGGUUUCAGUGACUACAGAGAUGACCCAGGAAGUGGAGCAUUUUCUGCUGACGAGGUCUUUGAUAAAAUCAGAACUAAUGUCUUCAAAAUCAACAAUGGAGCAAAUGUUGUUGACCGAGCCAUGAAAAGUAUAGGUUCAGAAAGAGACAGCGUCCAGCUCAGAGAUAAAAUCCAUGAAACAUCACAGAGCACACACCAGCUGGUUCAGACGACCAUGAGACUGAUUAAAUCAGCUGGAAGCAAGAGAAUAAACAAGCAACAGAAGCUCCAACUCGAUCGUCUGCGGAAUGACUUCCAGGAAGCAGUGCAGAGAUACCAGUCUCUACAGAGGAAAGCAGCUGAGAAGGUGAAAACAACUGUGAUUAUGAGUCCCAAAGGUUCCUCCAAGAAGCCAUUGGUGGAUGUAUCCCCCUAUCAGGAUGAUGGUACGGCAGACACAAGUCAGCUAAUACAGGAUGACAGACGGGCACAGCUACAGGAACAACAGGUGGUCAUCGAGGAUGACCUGGCCCUCAUCAGGGAGAGGGAGGAGAGGAUUCGACAGCUUGAGUCUGACAUCCUUGAUGUGAAUGAGAUAUUCCGAGACCUUGGUGCAAUGAUACAGGAGCAGGGAGAAACGCUUGACACAAUAGAGGCUAAUGUAGAGAAGGCGUAUGGUAAUGUUGAGACGGGCAAUGAGCAGCUGGUGAAGGCGUCACAGUAUCAGAAAUCCUCCCGAAAGAAGAUGUGCUGUCUGCUGGUGGUGUUCUUAGUCAUUGCCAUCAUUGUCACUAUCAUACUUGUGGUGACUCUAAGAUAAUGGCUUCAGCUGGGACCACCGUAUCCAUUGGACAAAACACACUGAUCCGUGGUGCAUUCCUCAACCACAAGCUGGCCUGGACGAUAGUGCUACAAUUAAAAUGUUCUUGCGGAUGUCAAGUUGUGAUCAGGUCAAACCUUUGACAAAUAUUCUACCCAAAGGGUGCUCAUAUAGCUGACUAUUUGAGGUGCCAGAUUGGGUGUGGCUGAUCCCUGCAUUGGAUAAAUUAUUGUUUGGCGUUAUUUAUGAAACGAUUGACCAAAGUAAUGAUACUUAGUGCACUCAUGGGGUUGUCUUCUAAUACAAAAUGCAUGUACAUGACGACUUGUUAUACACAAUAAAAUGAAAGUUAAAAUACUUUUUUGGACUAUGGUAAGUUUUGAAUCCGUUGUUAGCUCAAUGGAAUUGGAUUUUCUAAACGUCAGUAGACAGUCAGUUCCUUUGAUGACUAAAUAGUCCUUAUACUGCCAAUCCCUCACCAGUGCAUUGUGUAUCAUGAAAAAGUGUAUCGUUCACAAAUUAAUGAGUGUCUGCCACAACGAAGAUUUUUGAAGAGGAAGGAAAACAAUUCAACAUGGCUGGCAAUAACAACAUGAACAUUUGAAUCAACAAAUAAUGUGACUUGUAUAAAAACAAACACCACAUAUAUGGGGCACAUAUGUGGUGUCUGAUUGUUUUAUAAUGUAUAUAUCCAAUAUCUGUGUUUUCACUAUUUAUUCUAUGCCUGACAUGAAACUGCUGUCACCGGUCAGUGUUUGAGUGCAACAAGCUCACUUUAGCAGGAAUGAGAGGAGGUUUCACUACAAGGGUUUUAUUCAUCGGCAAUACUUCACAGGUUUGCAGACACCUCCAUCACCCAUGAAUACAUACGGUCACUGGGCGGUGUAGUCACUAUUUUUAACCACUGAGUCAAACUGAUUCCUGAUUCCAGUGAGUGUUCUGACCAGUGAGCAUUCAUAUUACAUAUGAAUAGGACUUUUGUCCAUCUACUCGUUACAUUGUUUCAAUAUCUGGCAGUGGUAGGGUUCACACAAGAUUCAUACAUGGAGUAGGCUCAUUUGACUUCUGUGAGUUCUGUGAGGCCUCACUUCAUUAGCAUACUAUAAAUUAGGGCUGGGACAAGUCCAAAUUUAUUACCCGGCAUACCAGACACCGUAUUACCCUACCCUACUUGGGCACCCACUAUAGGUCUCAAGAGUUGGGUACAAAAUGUCUGAAUGGUAAUAGUUUCACCCUACAUUGUAUAAAACGAUCUGAUCAUCCAUACACUGAAGUUGAUUAACACCUUAUCCUUACAAAAGGUCAGAAUGAAUGCUUGCAUAGUCAGAAAUGUGAACAUUAGCUAUACUUGUAGUGUAACCAUGGAAUUUUAUUGUUAUUGUCAAUAAACAGUAUAUCACGUGACUAACCACGGGUCUUGGUAGUCAUGUGGGUACCCGGGUCCUACUCAGGACCACCCGACCCGAAUUACCAAUCCCAGCCCUUCUAUAAAUAGCUAUGUGUCACUUCACUAAAGGCUGCAUCUAUACAUGGGUGAUGAAGGAAUGCAGUGUAUACAAACCCGUGGAGUAUUAACAGUUGGUUUGCAGUAUGAUGUCUGCAAACUGAAAUUCAAUAUAUUAAGUUUGCGUAUUGUUUUCAGAUUUUUCAAUUUGUAUAUAAAACAGAUGGCAAUAGAGUUGUAUGUGUAUGAAUCAUUCUUACAACUGUACUACAUCCCUGCAGAUUUGUAUCAAACAUUCCAAUCAGCCCAAUCAGUUUUUUUUCUAUUCCAUUUACUUACAGUAUUGUUAAAGACAAAACCAAUUCAUCCUGUACAAGAGACACAGCUAACUUGAG